CUCCCUCUCGCAGGUACUUCUGGAACUCUCAAACGUGCCAGAAACACCGAAGUUUUCGUCCACUAUUCCCUGACAAUCACCCCAAAAACGUUAAAUUAAUUCGGAAAAAUGGCAGGAGGAACAAAAGCCCAGGGAGCUUUCCAGCCGGACUCUGACAUUCAUAUUUCCUACGAGGAUCAACAGAAAAUAAAUAGAUUCGCGAAGCAGAAUGCACAGAUGGACGACUUGAAGGAGGAACUGAAGAUUAGACAGAAUGAUUUGAAAAAUCUGGAGGAUGCCUGCGAUGAACUCGCGCUCAUGGACGACGAUGCCAAGAUCCCGUACAGAAUUGGAGAUCUUUUUGUCAACCAGGACCUCGAAAAAACACAGAAAUGCUUGGAGGAGGCGAAAGAGAAGAAACUCUCCGAAAUCUCGGAACUGGAGACCAAGUGCUCCAACCUGAAGACAAUAAUGACAGAUCUGAAGGCGCAGCUCUACGCGAAAUUCGGUAGUCACAUCAAUCUAGAGACUGAUGAGGACUGAAUUUCAAUUCAAAAAGAAUAAUCAAAACGCUUACUUUCAUCUACGAUAAACCUCUGCGAUCAUAUUCUUCAUGUUACUAUCAGAUAUCAAAUAUUUCAAUAAAAUUUUAUAUGCUAGAAGUACAUGUAA